AUGCAAGGCCUCUUAAAAGCUGGUCAAAAGGCAUGCAUGCUUCAUAAGGCUUUACUGUAUGCUUUGAGCUUUUUUAAACAAUCAGUGAAAAUAUUGACAACUUCUGCCAACCACAAGACAAACCUCAUCAAAGUUGACAAGCCAGCAUCCUCAAAAGAUAGCACUGAAAAAAGAGGUGUUACCAAAUCAUCCGUUGGGAAAGAGGAGACACCAGAAAGCACACCAGUUACAGCUCAUGCCUCCACAGAUUCCAGUCCAUUGCAUGAUGUCUGCCAGCGGCCCAUUCAUUAUGAUCCAUCUACCAUUAUGUAUCCAAUCCAGCUUUACACAAGAAUCGCAUGGAAUUCCGCGGUGUGGGAGCGCGGGGAAUUCGGAUCAAUCGAAGAGAUUUUUGAGCGCAACUUCCCGAUUUUCGACCAAGCCCAGGCAAGCUAUUUGCUGACUUACGAACGCAACACCCAUAUACUCAUCGUCGACAUGCCCACCGUUCUCCACGAAGCAUCGUUCGACGUGGUGAAGGAUGCCAUCAUCAAAAGUAUCGACGCCCUUCCGUAUGAUCGCGACAUCAUUUUUACGACAACCAACAUGAAUUGGCCGCUAAAAGUCAAGGGCGCAUCGAUCACAGCUGAUGUGAUCGUCUCAAUCACUGCAAUGGAUCUACCAGCAAAAGUCGUUCUGGUUCCCUUCCUUGCUGAAUGCGCUCUCUCGGAGAAAGAUGAGCAUGUAUUUGGAAAAGUUGAAAAAGUUGUUUUGGCGCGUCCAGACAUUAAGUGCGCGGUUGUUGUUUUAGUACGGGAGGAUACAGACUACGCCGCUCCCGAUGACGAUUCCAUCGCAUCAACG